AUGCUACAAAGUAUUCUUAUUCUUCUUGUCGCCUCGUGGUGCGUUCCAUCGUUUGCAACGUCCACGCUCAGACUACCAGUAGUCGGAUCCAAUCCUUCGGAUAUCGUUAUUACCUCCAUGUCUUUGACAGAUCAAAGAAGGGCUGAUCCAUUCGCAAAGGAUGGUCGAGCUCGAGCAAUCAUGGUGUCCGGUUUCUCUCCGGUCUCAGCCUGUCGCCGUAGCCACCUGGAAGCAUACAUGCCGCCCUCAACCGCCAUAUUCGAAGACGACAAGUUCGCAGCUUACGGUCUCCCAAACGGAUCGUUUCAAUCUCUUGGUUUGCAAAGCUGCACUAAUACUCCAAGAUUGUGUUCUUCUGGAGCUUUGCCUCUUGUUGUAUUCUCCGGCGCACUUGGAACAUCUCGCAUAAUAUACCAUAGCAUGCUUCAGAGCGUUGCCGCUGCAGGGUACUUUGUCGUAUCUGUCGACCACCCUUACGACGCCGAUAUCGUCGAGUUUCCCGAUAAUGCCACCAUCAUUGGAGUCGACAUCAGCGAUGCUGAACUUGGAGAUGCUCUCGCGACUCGCGUCGAAGAUAUCACGUUCCUUUACAGGGAGCUUGCAAAUCCAUCACUCCGCAACAUGCUUCUUCCUACGCAUCGUCAUAGCGGCGGCAUACCCAAGACUGCCAUUGUUGGACAUUCGUUCGGAGGAGCGGCCGCAGCGUUGACACUGAAACAACUGCCUUAUCUCCGCGGAGGCGUGAAUAUCGACGGUAGUAUGUUUGGUUCUGUCCUGGAGACCGGUCUUGAUCGUCCCUUCAUGCUGAUCGGACACGAGAAUAAGACGCAAGAAACAGAUCCGUCUUGGAAGACAGUGUGGCCGCAAUUGAAAAGUUGGAAAAAGGAAAUUGAGGUCAAAGGAGCCGCGCAUUACAGCUUCUCUGACCUGCCGCUGAUCACAUCAGUUCUUGGUCUUCAAGAAAAGUUGCCAGCCGAUAUUGAACAGGUUUUAGGAUCGAUUGAGGGUCACCGCAUGAUGAAGCUGACGGUCACAUACGUCACGGCGUUCUUGAACAUGGUUCUUAAAUCUGGGUCCGAGAAGGAAUUUUCUCGUGCUGACACAAUAUUUUCCGAAGUCGUGAAAGCGGUCUAG